CGAGAAAAGGAGCAUUGCCCUGGGGCGGGAGGCGGAGGCGACCUCGGCGACAGAGGAGACAUGGCUGAGUAUACGCGGCUGCAGAACUGCCUGGCGCUGAUCCGCCUCCGAAACCCGCCGGUCAACGCGAUCAGUGUCACUGUACUCCGUGGGAUAAAAGAGGGACUGCAGAAAGCUGUAACAGACCAUACAGUAAAAGCCAUUGUGAUUUGUGGAGCAGGUGGCAUUUUCUCUGCAGGUGCUGAUAUCCAUGGCUUCAGCGCUCCUAGGAUCUCUGACUUAACAUUGGGACCUAUAGUAGAUGAAUUACAGAGAAAUGAGAAGCCCGUGGUGGCAGCUAUCCAAGGCGUGGCUUUAGGAGGGGGACUAGAGCUGGCCCUGGGCUGUCACUAUAGGAUUGCCCAUGCAGAGGCUAAAGUUGGCUUCCCAGAAGUCUCACUAGGACUUCUUCCUGGUGGAAGAGGAACUCAGCUUCUCCCCAGACUCAUUGGAGUUCCUGCUGCACUUGACUUACUUACCUCAGGAAGACAUGUUUUGGCAGACGAAGCACUCAAGCUGGGUAUUCUAGAUGAAAUUGUGAACUCAGACCUGAUUGAAGGAGCAAUAAAAUUAGCUCAGAGAGUUUCAGAUCAGUCUCUAGAAUCCCGUAGACUCUGCAACAAGCCAGUUGAGAGCUUGCCCCACAUGGACACCAUUUUCAGUGAAGCCGUUUUGAAGAUGCGGAAACAACACCCUGGGCACAUUUCUCAGGAGACUUGUGUCCGUGCAGUCCAGGCCGCUGUACAGUAUCCCUAUGAGGUGGGCAUCAAGAAGGAGGAGGAGCUGUUUAUGUACCUUCAUAAAUCAGGGCAGGCUAGAGCCCUGCAAUACGCUUUCUUUGCUGAGAGGAAUGCGAUGAAGUGGUCAACUCCGUCUGGAGCAUCCUGGAAAACAGCAUCGGCACAGCCCAUCUCCUCAGUUGGCGUACUCGGCUUGGGAACAAUGGGUCGAGGCAUUGUCAUUUCUCUUGCAAUGUCCAAGAUCCCUGUGAUUGCUGUAGAAUCAGACAAAAAGCAGCUAGAAACUGCAAACAAGAUAAUAACCUCCUCCUUGGAAAGAGAAGCAUCCAAAAUGCAGCAGGGUGGUCAGCCUUGGUCAGGACCAAAACCCAGGUUAACUACAGCUAUGAAGGAGCUUAGUGGUGUAGAUUUAGUCAUUGAAGCAGUAUUUGAGGAAAUGAACCUGAAGAAGCGGGUCUUUGCUGAACUGUCAGCCGUGUGCAAGCCAGAAGCUUUUUUGUGCAGCAAUACUUCAGCCCUGGACAUUGAUGAAAUUGCUUCUUCCACUGAUCGUCCUCACUUGGUCAUUGGCACCCACUUCUUCGCACCAGCUCAUGUCAUGAAGUUGUUAGAGGUUAUUCCCAGCCGAUACUCUUCCCCUACUACCAUUGCGACUGUUAUGAACUUAUCAAGAAAGAUUAAAAAAUUUGGAGUAGUUGUAGGCAACUGUUUUGGAUUUGUUGGGAAUCGAAUGUUGAAUCCUUAUUAUAAUCAGACACACUUCUUGUUAGAAGAAGGCAGUAAGCCAGAGGAGAUAGAUCAGGUGCUGGAAGAGUUUGGUUUCAAAAUGGGACCUUUUAGAGUGUCUGAUCUUUCUGGGUUGGAUGUGGGUUGGAAAUCUCGAAAGGUGCAAGGUCUUACUGGACCUACGUUGCCUCCAGGAACUCCUGCCCGAAAACGAGGCAACCAGAGAUAUUGCCCAAUUCCUGAUAUGCUCUGUGAUUUAGGACGAUUUGGCCAGAAGACAGGUAAAGGUUGGUAUGAAUAUGACAAGCCAUUGGGUAGGAUUCACAAACCUGAUCCCUGGCUUUCCGAAUUUCUGUCACAGUACAGAGAAACCUAUCACAUUGUACCACGAAUCAUUAGCCAGGAUGAGAUCCUUGAGCGCUGUGUAUAUUCACUCAUUAAUGAAGCAUUCCGCAUUUUGGGAGAUGGGAUAGCUUCUAGCCCAGAGCACAUUGAUGUUGUCUAUUUACAUGGGUAUGGAUGGCCAAGGCACAGGGGUGGGCCCAUGUUCUAUGCUUCCACAGUUGGGUUGCCCACAGUGCUAGAAAAGUUGCAGAAAUAUUACAGGCAGAAUCCUGAUAUUCCCCAACUGGAGCCUUGUGACUAUCUGAAAAAAUUGGCUUCCCAGGGAAACCCUCCUCUGAAAGAAUGGCAAAGCUUGGCAGGACCCCCCAGCAGUAAAUUGUGAUUCAGCCUUCCAGGUUAUGCCCUAUGUGCUGGCAUCAGGUAAUACUCACUGAAUUUCAUUGAAAUUAAA